AUCGUCUAGGAACGAGCGUGAUGUGUUACUGGUCCCGUGCUGUGAUGUAUGUGUGCCUCUCUCCAGAGCAGAGUCAGAGGCCGCUCCCUCCCGCCGCGUCGCAACACAAUAACAACAACCAACCGAUGGACCCACAGAGACCCAAUCAAUAUCUCUCCUCUCGCUUCCUCCGCCGAAAGCUAGCAGCAGCAGUAGUAUAGGGCACACCCUGCUCCCGUCCCGCUCUCGCUGUGUGGUGUGUGCAACACACGCUGGUUGGUGGGACUCCCUCUCUCUCCAGAGAAAAAAAGGCGAAAAAAAGGCCGGCAGCGUUGAACAACAACAACAAACAACGGAAACAACAACAACAACAUCAUCAGCGAUGAACCCCAGACCAACCAAACGUUCCCCGCUUCCUCCGCCGUCGCUAACAGCAGUAUGUGUGUGUGUCCCGCCCCCCUUGUCCAUGUUCCCUGUCUCUGUGUAGUGCGUGUCUUGCCAGUAGCAGCAGCAGUGUGUGCAGCACGGCAGUGCGUCGUGGUUUCUUGCGUGCGUGUAGUUUGUUGCCCAAAGACAAACAAAAUUAACGCCUCCCGGGGAUGCGUCCAUGUGACAUAUAUAUUUGCACAAACGGUGUGCUAUCUCGAGACACCGACCACGGAUUGCAAAGGUAGCGGUUGGGACAGCUCGGGCAAAAUGUUACUUGUUGUGCGCAAGUUUUAGUUUGCAAUUUGGUGCCGAGAUGGUGAAAUGGGCUCGAGUCUGCUGGGUAUUUAGGGCGCCCAGACCCCAGACACCAGACACCAGACACCAGAC